UCUCCGUGACCUGGUUUGCGCAGGCAUAAACUCGGAUUCUCCUUGAGUCGUUGGCACCAUGGAACUGGAGCUGUCCAGGUGUUUAUAACCGGAUGUAAAAUACCAUGAAGCGCGAAGAUGUAAAACAAAGAGGGAAUUCUGAAAAUGCUAAGUAAUUGCGACCACUAUUGGCUAUUCUUCUGAAUAAUUGUCUCGUAAAAUAGUCUGAUAAACUGAAGCUCGAGUGAAACUAAUAAACCCCUGUGAGAAGAGCAGCUUUUACCAGCAACAUUAUUCAGUCUUCUACCAGAACAAGGUGACCUGUCCUUCACCCAGGCGCCUGCAGCCGCAAAGUAUUCGACUGCAUGGAUAUCGUAUCUCUCAGCUCGGCCCGAAAUUAAUCAGUUACAGCUCAGAGAGAGAGAGAGAGUAGCCGAUAGCAGCAUACACACACAAGCGUUGCAGCAAUGGUGGACCACUGUGACCUACCUCAUAAAGCCCCCUGCUACAGCCGGACAUAGAUUGUUAUUUCUCCCACCGCAAGUUCAACUGUUGCUAUGAUGAGACCAAAUGUGAGACUGCACGCCCUGUGAACUUGGCUGAAGGUAAGAGGGAGAGCAGGCACAUCGACGGAGACAUCGGACAGAGGGGAGAGUUGCAGAAGAGGAGGAAGUGAGGAACAUAACUACAGACUACUGACAAAAAGAUGCAAAGAAUCCCCACGCACAGAGCAUGAGGUGGAGAGUUGGAAAAUAUUAGAGAGGGAGAAGACUGCAUUGUAUUAGCUUUUUUAAUUCAAUGAGGGUCCCACCCUGGUUUCCUGCUGCAACAUUAUUGACUGAAAUUAGCAGGAGAAGCUAAACGGCUAUAUCCUAGUGUAGUACUGUCAUGCCCUGCACUACCAUGGAGAAUAAAACCUGCCUUCCAUAAUGGCAUCUUUCAUACUGCACCAUCUAGACGUCACUGGAAACAUGAGGUACAUUCACAAAUGUUAGCCUAGCAGGUCUAGGACCAGACAAUUGAUUUGUACCAAAAAGCAGAAGUUGUGAUCGGAUCUCAGACCAACUUCCUCAACAUCCUGACUUGGUGUCAGCAUCAUUUGCUUCGCCACAGCAAACCUUCAUUGGGGUGUUUUGAAGUAAAACAAUUGGUCUGAAGUUGCUCUGAGAAUGAUGACCAUGUCUGUGCUGGCCACCGCCGGACCAGAAAGCGGGGUGAACCAGCUCGUCCCCAUCCCCACGCUGAACAUCCUCCCCCCGUCCUCAGACACCGAGGCCUGGUCCCACUUUCCCAGCCCCCGGCCUCCCCGCCGCCACCGUAGCAGAGGCCGGACCAAGAAGAGGAGCGAUGGAGAACAAGAGGAGUCAUCCAAACCCCGGGGGAACGGCACUGAGGAGGAGAGGGUGAAGGGGAGCGCAACUCCUCAAAGAAGCCCCUCACCUCUCCCUUCACCCCUCUUGCCCCCCCAUGUGGAGGACGCAGUCCUGGGCCCUUCCCUGGACCUCUUGCUACCCCCGUCGUCUCGCACCUCCUGGUCACGUAGCUCGUCUCUCGGCCAUCGUUCACGCUGGUCCCUCAGGAGUCUGCUCAGCAGGGAGUCUGACUGGGACAGCUGCAGUACCGCCAGUAACUCUCCGCGCAGCACCCCUGGCAGCUCCCCCUCUCUGCGCCGCCGGGUGCUGGGGGGUAGUGGUGGGGGUGGAAGCAGGACCAGCGACGUGGAGGGUGGCCCGGUGGAGCGCAGUGGGGAAAGGAGAGGUUCGGACAGCCCCCUGCCCUCCGCCGCCGCUUCCGCUUACCCCGUGGCCUCACGCCAUUUCAGCCGCAACGCCAAGAAAAUGCAGAGCUGGUACAAUGUUCUCAGUCCAACUUAUAAACAGCGCAAUGAGGAUUUCCGUAAACUCUUCAAGAAGCUGCCAGACACAGAACGCCUCAUAGUGGACUACUCAUGUGCGCUGCAGAAAGACAUUCUACUCCAGGGGAGACUCUAUCUGUCAGAGAACUGGCUCUGCUUCUAUAGCAAUAUCUUCCGCUGGGAAACCACUAUCACAAUCCUGCUGAAAGAUGUGACCACCCUGACGAAGGAGAAGACUGCCAAGGUCAUCCCCAACGCCAUUCAGAUCAGCACCGACCACGACAAGCACUUCUUCACGUCUUUCGGGGCGAGGGACCGCAGCUACAUGAUGAUUUUCAGACUGUGGCAGAACGCACUGAUGGACAAGCCUCUGUCCCCAAAGGAGCUGUGGCACAUAGUCCAUCAGUGUUACGGCACUGAGCUGGGCCUCACCAGUGAAGACGAUGACUAUGUCUCCCCCACCGACGAGCACAUUAACGGUCUACUCUCCUUGGGGGCCAUAGCUUCUCUGGGCAGCUCGCCCCCCUCCAUGGCAGCCUUGUUCCCCAGUGGCCCCCUCCUAGCCAGCGGUGGUCUGGGCUCCUCUCCCCCCUCCUCAUCCACCUGUCUGCCCGUAGACAUCCCCGGCAGCACCUCCCUCGACCCCCCGGACCCCAGCCCGCCCAGCUCCCAGAGCUCCCUGCCCUCCACCACACACACCGCCUCCUUGUCCGCCCCKGCCUCGGCUGCUGCCUCUUUCUAUGUGGAGGAGGYCGGGGACAGCRUGUUGGAGUSMYCCAAUCARAUGYUGCCCCCGUCUMCCYCCAGCCUGGGAAACCUCUCCUCAUUGGACCAGCUCACCAACGACGACGAGCUGCCCACCGACCCCAGCAACUCCUCAGACACACAGGAAGAGGACGAGGUGGAGUCGUUCUGUGCGGACCUGGCUGGCCGGCUGCACAUCAACAUGGUGGUGCACAUGAGCGUGGACAAGCUGCACGACCUGCUCUUCUCCGCAGACACACACUUUAUCCAGCAUCUCUUCUCCCAGCGGCACUUCACAGACCUGUCAGUUCGUGAGUGGCAGCAGGACAGCUGCAGUGGGAACACCAACCGGAUCCUGAGUUACACCAUCGCCAUCAACAACCCCCUGGGCCCCAAGACCGCCCCCGUCGUGGAGACUCAGACGCUGUUUAAGAACAGUGCGCCGGGCGAGUGUUACGUGGUGGACUCGGAGGUCAUUACCUCGGGCAUCCCCUACCAGGACUACUUCUACACCGUGCACCGCUACUGCCUCACCGCCAUCAACAAGAACAAGAGCAGACUCCGGGUGUCGUCAGAUAUCUGCUACAAGAAGCAGCCGUGGAGCCUGGUGAAGGCGCUCAUCGAGAAGAACACCUGGAGCGGCAUCGAGGAGUACUACAGACACAUGGUCUGGUGGUGUUGGUGGCCCUCAACAUGCUCUUGUUUUACAAGCUGUGUUCUCUGGAGAGAGCUGCACACACGCUGGAGACGUGGCACUCCUUCUCUCUGUCUGACAGUCCUCUACCCCAGUCUGCAGGAGAGUGGGCCCAGGUGUUGCAGCUCCAGAGACAGUUCCACCAGGCCCAGCUGGGCAAAUGGCAACAGAUCCUCCAAUCCUCAGUCACUCUGCUAGACCAGAUGAAACAGUCGUUGGAAAAGCUCCACCGAGGCGUCGUCACUCCAGAAGUCCAGCAGGAUCCCCCCUCGAACCCCACUUCAGAGUCUCUCACUGAGCACUGAUCCUCCCUCCCUCCACCCUCCAACCUCCAGCCCUCAAGUGGGUAUGAAUAGACCACGGGGGGAGAGAGCCAAGGGGGUCCAGCUGGGCCAUUCAGGGAGAGUGACGCUCUCCCACACGAUCCCAAGCUCCGCUCCUGCUUCUCUACUCAAAACAGACAGGGAGAGAUGUGGGGGGUGGGGGGGUCCCCACCCCACGCCUCAGUCUGAGCAACCUGCAAUGGGGUGGGUGGUGAGUGACCUUUGGGGGGUUACUACACUACCCAUAACUCCCCACACCUCAGUCUGAGUAACCUGCAAUGGCAAAGUUCCACCUUCCGUAGUCACCACCUUCUCUCACGUCCAGACAGUUAGACUGGGAAUGUCUUCAGGGCUGCGGCAAUAACAUAGCAUGGUGAGCCAACCAUAUCUCCCACAGUCAGGGCUAACGGCUGGCCAGUUUGUAUAGUACCAUCUGCUCCUCACAUGCAACCAACCAUGCUGCUCACCCUGAACCAUCUCCCCUGCCUGAGAAUCCAAGAGACAUUUUCGAAAGAAAACGGACGAUCUACUGCAUUUCAUCAUGUGCAGCCCUGCUGCUUUCAUAAUGGACUGACUUGACUUGGACCGACUGGAUUUCUCAAAAUGGGCCAACCCAGAUUAACUUUGCGUUUCGAAAUGGAUGGAAUCUGACAUUUGGGAAAUUGGGAGCUUUCCCAGCCCUGAUAAACAGCUAUGGCUCUGUUCCCAGCUGAAACCAUCCUAGGGGACUUAUGUGCCUCGUUGUGAGGGGUCCGCUCAGCUAAGUCCCCCUUGAGCCUCUGGAAAUGAGGGACACAUGACGAGAGAGGGGAAAGCUCUGAUGGAUUACAGAAAGUCUCCUGUUUCUAACUCUUUUUUCUUUUCUUUUUUUUUCCGUUCUCUCUCUUAUUCUCUCCAUCUGGGAUGGCUUCCAUCUUAGACCUGAUCUGCUAUUGGAGAAUCAUUUCAAAACAAUACUUUAUUUUUUAUUUUUUAGAUGUUAAUAGUAUAAAAAGACUCCUAAAUCCUCUACUAGCUCGUUUUUAUCGUUAGCUGUUUUUUUGAGGGUGACUGGGUUGUUUUGAGAGCGAGCGAAUGAUGAGUGUGCGCGCUAGACCGUUACAGUAUUUAUUUAGCACGACUUUGAUUUCGAAAAGUCCUGUCCCGCUCUCAACGCGAGUGAUUUCUUUUUUUCCGAUUUAUGUUCUGUGUUAAUACUUCAGCACGGACCAAGAAAGAGCUAUUAGGUUAAUCUUUUAUAUUUACUGGUCAUAGCAAUAAUGAUAUUUGGUGAUUUUUAUACUACUUUUUACACAUUCAAAAGUAGUGUAUCUCUAAAGUGUGUUUAGAGCAAAAUGAGACAAGCAAGCGAAGAUCUGGAGUUGGAGAAGAAGACGGAGAUAUAUAUGUAUUAGAAAGAAGUAUCCUCAAUGUUACAUCGUCACUGUUACAUUUGGUAUUAUUAAGAUCAGUAUGAUUAUGAGUUUGUUUUUGUCGGAUACUUUUUUUGGUUUGUUUUUCGCACUUGGUCAACUUCUGAUUGUGAUAUUGGAUCGGACUUGAAGUGUUUCAGGGUUACUGACUACUCUGUAGACCAGGCUCUGCGUACCGAAUAGCACCCCAUUUCCUUUAUAGUGUAGUGCACUACAUAGGAAAUAAUGUGCCCUUGGGGACGCAGACUUUGCAGACCAGGUAAACAGAGAGAUGCAAUAAACUAGUGACUUUCUAGUGUAAACUGGGCUGGACUUAAAAAGGACCAACCAGAAGUGUAGGCCUGGAUAAAGGGAAACUAUUGCAGUAUUGUUUUUGUGAGUUCAAAUUGAUGUUUAUAUGUUAUUCCUUUUAAUUUUAUAUCUUUAUUUUGUAGUCUAUCUUGUUUCUUCU